AUGCCAUCAGAGUGCUCACUCCAGGCUGAUAACAGUUUCGGUCCUGUAGUAGACAGCGCGUGCCGGGAUGGCUUUGAUUUUACGCUAUUGUUCGAACAAGCCAUACUUGGCCUCGUUCCCGCGGUCGCAUUUCUCCUCGUGUGUCCCUUUCGAUUGCGAAUUCUGGCUAAGAGAGAUGCGCGCACUCAACCUCACAAAAUGAGAUUGACAAAGUCGAUAGCUGCCUUCGUUUUCGCUGCGAUUCAACUCGCCCUGCUGAUCAGCUGGGCAAAGAAAGUUCGACCAACUGCGAAAUUCUCCGUCGCGUCGAGCGCAAUUAACUUGGUAGUGGCGAUGCAAAUUGUGGUCUUGUCGUGGGUGGAAGAUGAACGAUCGGUUAGACCGUCAUCGCUCCUCGCCAUCUACCUUCUCUUCACGUUGCUCUUCGAUAUUGUACAGACAAGAAGUUUGUGGUUAUCUCACAGAGAUCUCCGUGUUUCUAUUCUGUUCACCGCAAGUGUCGCUGCGAAAACAGCAAUGGUGCUUUUCGAGAGCUUGGGGAAGCAAAAGCACCUCAUAGGUUCUUAUCAAAACCUUCCACCCGAGUCGACUAGUGGAAUUGUCAAUCGAUCGUUCAUGUGGUGGCUGAACCACCUUUUUUCCACGGGCUUUCGAUCCUUGCUUACUACCGAAGAUCUUGACCGUCUAGACAAACCCCUGGAGUCCGCGGAAACGGCCCGGAAGGCAUUGAGAGCUUGGGCUCUACGCCGGCAUCCCGAGCGCCGCUUCGAGUUCCCAUGGCAGAUGGCCCGAGCGUUCAAAGGUCCACUUGCUUUGAUGGCACUUCCACGCAUAUUCUUGAUCGGAUUUACCUUCUCACAACCCUUCUUGAUCGCAUCCGUUCUCAACUGGCUUAAUAAUUCACAUAGCGCGAGCAAUCUCGGUUACGGCCUCAUCGGCGCUACACUUCUAAUAUAUUUGGGAAUGGCCCUCUCAACGCUCAUAUACGACCAGAUGUUGUAUCGGUUGGUGACAAUGUUUCGAGGGGCAGCCUCAUCAAUGAUCUACGACCAUGCCUUACAAAUCCCCGAUGGCACUCUAGAGGAUCGUUCUGCCACAGUGACUCUAAUGACUACCGAUGUUGACCGGAUAAUUGCCAGUCUAAUUACUUUAAAUGAAUUCUGGGCGCGGACGAUUGAAGUGGGCAUUGGCAUUGCGCUACUCGCGCUCCAGUUAGGGUGGGUUUGCCUGAUGCCAUUAAUAAUCGUUCUCAUCUCUAGUGGCGGAAGUAUCUAUAUCUCGAAGCAUCUAGGGGGACAUCAGAAAGUAUGGGUGGAUGCCGUCCAGCAACGUAUAUCAAUCACCCGCUCACUACUGGAGGGUAUCCAAACUGUCAAAGCGACUGGCUUAUCUCAAACCUUUGUUCGGCUUGUACAGAGAAAAAGGACCGAAGAAACCCAUCAAAUGGCCACGUACCGAUGGAGUGUGGUCUGGAAGAACAUGAUCCAGAAUCUGCCUUGGGCAUUAGCUCCAGCUUUGGCCUUCGCCGUUUAUGCUGCUCAAGGAAAGGGGCUGGAUGCUACCAAGGCGUUCAGUAGUCUGUCCAUUAUAACUCUUUUGACUAACCCGGCCUCGAAGCUAUUAAGUGCGAUUCCUUCCAUAGCGGCUUCGUCGGGAUCCUUUGAUAGAAUACAAGCAUUUCUUUUACUGGAAACCAGUCCUCAACACACAACGGAUGGCCUUUAUCGCACGAGAGAAACGGAAGUUGCUGCAUCUUCGCACAUCGCUGAAAUGGAACACAUGUCUUUCAAGGGCCCACCAGACAUAACCGACUUCCAAACACCUGUCAUCUCGAUGAAAAACCUCAGCAUUCGCCCAUCCUCAUCAGCAAAAGUUGUCUUGAGAGAUGUUGAUUUAGAAGUCCCUCUCGGAGCACUGGUCAUCAUACAAGGGCCAGUUGGGUCAGGAAAAUCGACGCUGCUUCGGGCAAUACUUGGCCAAACAAUUUGUGAGACAGGAUCGAUGGCAAUGACCAUUCGACAACCGGCUUUUUGCGCUCAAACACCAUGGGUCCCAAGCGGCACCAUCCGUGAUAUAAUCUGUGGAUCCUUCUUAGCCGCUCCAAUAAGGGAGGGCGCAAUUGAUCAAAAGUGGUACGAGUCUGUUCUUCACGCAUGUGACCUCAAUUCGGACCUGGCUCUCCUUCGCGAGGGAGACUCUACGCGAAUUGGAAACGGAUCUGGCCAUAUACCGAGCGGUGGUCAAAUGCAUCGGAUCACUCUUGCUCGAGCGGUAUAUCUUCGCAAGAAACUUUUGCUGUUAGAUGACAUAUUCAGUGCAUUGGACCGGAAAACAAAGGGUACUAUCAUAGAGCGUCUUUUGGGUGUUGAUGGACUGCUCCGAAAAAUAAAAUCGACCAUUGUUCUAGUGACACAUGAGAUGGAGCAGCUGCCUCGUGCAGAUCGAACUUAUUUCCUUUCAGAUGGGCGUCUUGGUCAGGAAGAGCCCUGCGUAGGGAAUGCCUAUCAAGAAAUAAGGUCUGACGCUGUCGAAGCAGAGCAGUCGAAAGAAUUCCCGGAAUUGGCGAUAGAAGAUAAAGCUGUCUUGAUCUCCAAGGCGGAUAAGGUCGACGAUCUUAGGAGGGCAGCCGGGGACUCUGCUGUUUAUGCGUAUUAUCUGCGCUACGUUGGGUGGACCAACGCUGUGAUAUUUGUCUUUUUCGUGACAAUGAAUGUCUUUUCUAGCACGUAUAGUCAGAUUUGGCUUAAGCGAUGGGCUGAUCGUGGUGGAGACCAAAAAGCGCUCUAUGUCUCGGUGUAUUUCUUCCUUGCCAUUUGCAACACUGUCGGCAAUGGUGGUUAUGUCUGGGCUAUCCUUAUUUUGAUCUCACCCUCAACAGCGCGUCGGCUUCAUUAUGUCGUGCUGAAGACUGUCAUAAUGGCAACCCCUCAAUUUCUAAAUACUGUUGACAUCGGGUCAAUACUAAACCGAUUCAGCCAGGAUAUGACCUUGAUAGAAAGCGAUUUGCCUGUUGGCAUCUUAAUCACUGUCUCAAAUCUCUUUUCGUCCAUUGCUAAUGCUGCCCUAAUUGCAACCGGAUCGAAGUACAUGGCAAUAUCCGUGCCAUUCCUGAUCAUCGCCCUCUUUCUCUUACAGCAUUUCUAUCUGAAAACAUCGCGACAACUUCGUUUACUGGACCUGGAAAGCAGAAAUCCGUUGUACUCCCAUCUUCAUGACACUAUCGAGGGUCUUUCUACAAUUCAGGCAUUUGGCUGGGAGGCAGAUUUUCGAAUUGCUAAUUCAAAAUUGCUGGAUGCUACCCAGCGCACGUAUUAUAUGCUUCAUUGUAUUCAGCGCUGGCUCACUUUGGUCCUAGACCUCAUCGUCGCUGCCGAAGCAGUCAUCGUCGUCAGCUUAGUAGUGUCUUUGAGGCAUACAACGAGUGUCGGAUUGCUUGGAGUAUCGCUCAACAGCAUUCUUGCUUUCAAUGGUAGUCUUUCAUCUCUCAUAUCGGGUUGGACACAGUUGGAGAUAUCCCUUGGCUCAAUUUUGCGCGUCAAAGAUUUUGAACUUCAAGUACCACGUGAAGUUUCAACUGAGCGGGUAGAAGUUCCCAUCGACUGGCCAAGUCAGGGAGCUAUUGAGCUCUCGGACAUGACUGCACAAUACAAUGAUGGAGUAGCAGUACUAAGCAAUGUCUCCCUCAAAGUUUUGCCUGGUCAGAAAAUCGGUAUCUACGGGCGUACUGGGAGUGGAAAGAGCUCUUUACUAUCAUCAGUAUUGGGCAUGCUCACCCUGAUCCGCGGGUCAAUUGUUAUCGACAACAUUGACCUCACUACUGUCUCUCCUGAUAUAGUCCGCGAAAGACUUGUCACUGUCUCCCAAAAGCCAUUUAUCAUGGUUGGCUGUACAGUCAGAUUCAAUCUAGAUCCCACCGGAAUCCUCCCAGAUGGAGAAAUCAUCGCGGCUCUCGACCGAGUUGGGAUCUGGGACGGCGUACUACUCGAAAGAGGCGGGCUAGAUGCCGAGAUAAACGACACUCUAUCGCUAUCCCGAGGCGAGCAACAACUGCUACAAUUUGCUCGUGCAAUGUUGAAAAUACAAGCAAGCAACGCUAGGAUCUUGUUGAUUGAUGAAGGCACCAGCAGCGUUGACACGAAAACUGACGCGCGGGUGCAAGGCCUUUUGCAACAGGAUCCCUUUCGUGCAUGUACAGUGCUUACGGUUGCACAUCGUGUCCACACUCUUUUGAGUUACGAUUUGAUUAUCGGUCUAGAUCGGGGAAAGGUGGUAGAGAUGGACAAGCCUACAGUUCUGCGGAAUCGGAAAGAUAGCAUCUUUAGCAACCUUAUCAAUAGCGGCGGACAAUAG